CCUUACCCGGGGAUGGCACGCGUUGAGGACGGAGAUCUAGCCGCUGUCGGCGAGGUUCAGACGAUUACAAAAGAAAGACAACUUCACUGCGCUUCAACAUACCCUGCAACACAGCCAGCCAGCAGCAGCAGCAUCAGCAUCAGCAUCGAAUUUCACUUUCCAGAGUCAUACAAGAGCUCAAAGAGGAAAAAGACUACAACAUUUCCCUUCCUAUACUGCAACCCCUCAUCUCUUUCUUCGCCCAUCAAACAAUCCCCCUCUCCAACCAAAAGGAAUAACCCCUCACACAACCAACAAGAUGUCGCCCAGCGCACUCCCCUCCCAGAAGUCUUACAGCAUCGCCUCCAUGGGCGCCGAUGGCAUCGGCCCGGAGGUCGUGGAUGCUGGCGUUGAGGUCCUCAAGGCCCUCAGCGAGACUCUUGGCACGUUCGACCUCAACUUCACCGACUACGACUGGAGCUCCGAGACGUACAAGAAGACGGGCAAGUACAUCCCGGACGGCGGUCUCGAGCAGCUCAAGAAGCACGAUGCCAUCCUCUUUGGCGCCGUCGGCGCUCCCGACGUCCCUGAUCACAUCUCCCUCUGGGGCCUGCGCCUGGCCAUCUGCCAGCCCUUCCAGCAGUACGCCAACGUCCGUCCCACCCGCGUCCUCCGCGGCACCCAGUCGCCCCUCCGCAACUGCGCCGAAGGCGACCUGGACUGGGUCAUCAUCCGCGAGAACAGCGAGGGCGAGUACGCCGGCCAGGGCGGCCGCUCCCACCGCGGGUUCCCCUGGGAGACGGCCACCGAGGUCUCCAUCUUCACCCGCCACGGCGUCGAGCGCCUGAUCCGCUUCGCCUUCGAGACCGCCCGCAGCCGCCCGCGCAAGCUGCUCACCUUUGUCACCAAGAGCAACGCCCAGCGCAACGGCAUGGUCCUCUGGGACGAGGUCGUCUACGAGGUCGCCAAGGAGUUCCCCGACGUCGCCCUCGACAAGAUGCUCGUCGACGCCAUGACCACGCGGAUGGUCCUCAACCCCAAGAGCCUCGACACCAUCGUCGCCACCAACCUGCACGCCGACAUCCUCUCCGACCUGGCCGCCGCGCUCGCCGGCUCCAUCGGCAUCGCGCCCACCAGCAACCUGGACCCCACGCGCAAGAACCCGUCCAUGUUCGAGCCCAUCCACGGCUCGGCCUUUGACAUCACCGGCAAGGGCGUGGCCAACCCCGUCGCCACCUUCUGGACCGCCGCCGAGAUGCUUGAGUGGCUCGGCGAGAAGGACGCCGCCACCAAGCUCAUGGAGUGCGUCGAGAACGUCACCGGCAAGGGCAUCGUCACCGCCGACCUCGGCGGCAAGGCGACGACGAAGGAGGUCACCGCCGCGGUCGUGGCCGAGAUCAAGGCCACGCUCGGAAAGAGCAAGGCUUAAGUUAAGGGUAGGGGGAGGUGAUGAUUUGUAGAGAAAGGGGGGUGAUGGGAUGAAAACUGAUGACCAUGCAUGAGGGCGGAGGGGAAUGAGUAUAAUACCAGCGUCUUUGUAUAGACAUACAGACAAUUCC